AUGUAUGUUCCAUUUCUGAAGGCACUCUUAUUGGCAUACGUCACAUGUGAUGUUACCGCCUCUGCAGUCCCCGCCGACAAUGUAGAGCUCCAAGAGCGUGCUUGCUUAGAGUUCGGAACAUGUUCUUCGGGAAUAAAGCUAUCCUUGAGGAUAGCGGACAAAUCCGCAUCGCCUGUGGUAAAUCCAGAGUUCCCAUUUAUAAGAGUGGCGUCACCGCCGGUAGGCGACUCCGCAGCCAAACUAGGGGAAGGACAUGGUUGA